AUGGACGAAAAACGCAAUAAGAAUGAGAAGAUCGGGAAUUACAUCCUAGACGACACCCUGGGUGUCGGCUCUUUUGGGAAGUUACAGUUCCAUAGAUAUCUGCGUAAUAAAGAGUGCUAUACGUAG